CUUCCGCCCGUCCCAAAGAGGGUACGCGGUGCCUGGCUUUGCCGCGUUCCCCUUCUACCCGGCUGGAGCACGGUUUCGGACAGCCCCGCCCCUGCCGAGCUACAGCCCGAACCUCACGGGGCCGCCAUGCCGGCGGCCGCCGCCCCCAUGAUCAGCGCCGUGCAGAAGCUGGUGCUGUACGAGACCAGGGCUCGGUAUUUUCUCGUUGGAAGUAAUCCUGCAGAGACCAAGUACCGUGUUUUGAAAAUAGAUCGCACUGAACCAAAGGAUUUGGUUAUAAUUGACGAUAAGCAUGUGUAUACGCAGCAAGAGGUAAGGGAACUUCUUGGCCGUUUAGACCUGGGAAACAGAACAAAGAUUGGGCAGAAGGGCUCUUCUGGGUUAUCUCGAGCUGUCUCUGCUUUUGGUAUAGUAGGCUUUGUCAGGUUUUUAGAAGGCUACUACAUUGUGUUAAUAACAAAAAGAAGAAAAAUGGCAGAUAUUGGUGGUCAUGCAAUAUAUAAAAUAGAAGAUACAAAUAUGAUCUACAUUCCAAAUGACUCUGUAAGAAUUACGCAUCCUGAUGAAGCCAGGUAUCUGAGAAUCUUUCAAAAUGUGGACCUUUCUAGCAACUUCUAUUUUAGUUACAGCUAUGAUCUGUCUCACUCCCUUCAGUACAAUCUUACUGUUCUGAGAAUGCCACUUGAGACAUUAAAAACUGAAACAACCCAGACCCGACAAGAGAGUUUUGAUAUAUUUGAAGAUGAAGGGCUUUCAACACAGGGUGGAAGUGGAGUGUUUGGGAUUUGCAGUAAGCCUUAUGAAAAGUAUGUAUGGAAUGGCAAGCUUCUGGAGGCUGUAAAAAAUAUUGUUCAUCGUGACUGGCUGCUGUAUAUUAUUCACGGAUUCUGUGGGCAAUCGAAACUGUUAAUAUAUGGUCGCCCUAUAUAUGUCACUCUGAUAGCCAGAAGAUCAAGCAAAUUUGCUGGAACACGUUUUCUGAAACGAGGAGCAAACUGUGAGGGCGAUGUUGCUAAUGAAGUGGAAACUGAACAAAUACUUUAUGAUGCUUCAGUUAUGUCAUUUUCUGCAGGGAGUUAUUCUUCGUAUGUUCAGGUUCGAGGAUCUGUUCCUUUGUACUGGUCUCAAGAUAUUUCAACAAUGAUGCCUAAGCCACCCAUAACAUUGGACCAAGCAGAUCCUUUUGCACAUGUUGCUGCUCUUCACUUUGACCAAAUGUUUCAGAGAUUUGGUUCUCCUAUUAUUAUUUUGAAUCUUGUGAAGGAACGUGAAAAAAGAAAGCACGAAAGGAUUCUUAGUGAAGAACUUGUUGCUGCUGUGACAUAUCUCAACCAGUUUUUACCACCAGAGCAUGCAAUUAUAUAUAUACCCUGGGAUAUGGCUAAAUACACGAAAAGCAAACUUUGCAAUGUCCUUGAUAGACUGAAUGUAAUUGCAGAAAGUGUAGUAAAGAAGACUGGAUUUUUUGUAAAUCGACCUGAUUCCUACUGCAGUAUCUUGCGUCCAGAUGAAAAGUGGAAUGAACUGGGAGGUUAUGUUGUUUCCACUGGUCGCUUGCAGACUGGAGUUCUCCGAACUAAUUGUGUGGACUGUUUAGAUCGCACUAACACAGCCCAGUUUAUGGUGGGAAAAUGUGCUUUGGCAUACCAACUCUAUUCAUUGGGACUGAUUGAUAAACCAAACUUACAAUUUGAUACAGAUGCUGUUAGGUUAUUUGAAGAAUUAUAUGAAGAUCACGGAGACACACUUUCUCUGCAAUAUGGAGGUUCUCAGCUUGUUCACAGAGUAAAAACCUAUAGAAAGAUAGCUCCAUGGACUCAGCAUUCCAAAGAUAUUAUGCAAACACUCUCAAGAUAUUACAGUAAUGCUUUCUCAGAUGCAGACAGACAAGAUUCUAUCAAUCUCUUUCUGGGUGUAUUCAAGCCUACAGAAGGAAAACCUCAUCUCUGGGAACUUCCCACUGAUUUUUAUUUGCAUCACAAGAACACACUUAGUCUGUCACAGACCAGGCGAAGCUAUACUUACUGGUGGACCACAGGCGUGCUAAAGCAUUUACCUCUUCCUUUUGAUGAAGUGACAUGUGCUGAAAACAGACGGAAACUGACAGUGAAGAAAUUUCACAAGUAUGAAGAGGAAAUUGAUAUCCACAAUGAGUUUUUUCGGCCAUAUGAGUUGAGCAGUUUUGAUGAGACUUUCUGCUUGGCCAUGACCAAUUCCACACGAGAUUUUAUGCCAAAGAAUGUGGGGAUUGAUCCAAGUCCAUUUACUGUUCGUAAACCUGAUGAAACUGGAAAAUCAGUGUUGGCGAACAAAAGUAAUAGAGAAGAAACUGUGCUGCAGCGCAAAACAGCUGCUAGUGCUCCUCCACCACCAAGUGAGGAAGCAGUGUCAAGUAGUUCUGAAGAUGAUUCUGGGACGGACAAAGAAGAUGAAGGCGCUGUUUCUCAGCGUUCAACUCCAGUAAAGGUGACCGAUACAGGAGACAAUACAAAAAUCACAGAGAAUGUAGUGCAGUCAACAAAAGACGUGUAUGGAGUGAAUCUUUCAGAUGUUCCUUCAGAAGAUGAUCUCGCAAUAUACGCUAGGUUUGUUCAGCUGGGGCAGAGUCAGCAUAAGCAAGACAAGAGCAGCCAACAAUCUUGCUCAAAACACCAACUGGAUAGAGUUAUCAAUUUAAUACCCAUCUCCUCCUUUUCUCAAGACAAUAUUUAUGAAGUCCAGCCUCCCAGAGCUGACAGGAAAUCAAUAGAGAUAUUUCAUGCACACAUUCAGGCUGGAAAAGGAAACAUGCAGCCCCUGGGAAAGGACGACUUCCUCAUGUACAGAGAGUACAUUCGAAACAGAUACCUGUAAAUACAAGCCUGAUUCUCCUGCUUGGUCGUAAAAAUAAUACUAGAAAGGAAAACUAGUUUGGUAUUUUGCAGUAAUAAAUUAAUUAUUUACCAUUUUUAUUUAUUCUGCUUUACUAUUACACACCUACAGUAUUGUACUUUACAGGAGAAACGUGAUUUAAUAUCUAUUCUUCAGCUGAAAGAGAAAUUGUAUCUUAAGAGAGUAGGGGAAUAAUCAGAGCACCUACAGUCACUGAAGAGUAUGUUGCAAUUUAUAGUAAAGAAAAUACUGUAUCUUUAAGUUUUAUAUUUAUUUCUUACAUUCUUAUGUUUGCUAGUAAAGUUGAAGUGAUUUGUACAUAACAAUCAGAAGAUAGUACUUUUCUUUCUCUUUGUUCCAUGACAGCAAACAAUCUUUUUUUACAACAGAAUGUUUUCUGGUAUUUCUUGAGAUUUUUUUUAGCAAAGUGAGUGUUAAAAUGAUGACCUGUUUUACUGCUUUCUUAAGCAAAAGUGAAAAUUUGCUUAUUUCAAAGUCAAAAUUUACAUCUCAGCUAACAAACUUUGUAACCCUAAUUUGUGUCAAAACUAAUCUCAGUGGUGCUCAUUGCCACAGAGUCUGUGCCAUAUAUAGGGUGAAAAGGCUUUUGACUAAUUGUCAUGGGCUUCUAGUAGGAAUCUGAGGUGAACCACUCGCUGACUGCACUGCUAAUGAGUGAAUGCUCUCCGUUUUACCUGGCUUAGACUCUUCCAAGGAUACAAAACCAUCCUGUCGUUUUCCUGUAUAAGAGGCAAUAUUGUUUUUGCUGCGUACUCCUUCCAUAACUGUAAUUGUGUUCCUGUGAGAUGCUUUCGGAUUCAAGCCUCCAUCCUCCCAAGAAAUCUGUAUCAGUAACUGAGGUUUGGAGACUGGAUCAGUGGGGGUGGUCAUGCAAGAGGAAGCAAUAGUUAGUCAAGGUAGGGUCAGGCAAGGCUGAACAUCAUGCCCAGUGCUAGGGUAAGAUUUGGAGAGACAGCAGGUAUCUAAAAUGGGUUGUUUAAUUUGGGCUUAUGAUUAUAACACUUCUUAAAUUUUAAACAAAAAGGAAAAAAAAAAUUGAAAGAAAAAGGGAAAAACCCCCUGUUUGCAUUUACAAGUUAAAAUUCCCAAGACUUUUCUAGCUGUUUGACUUGAAGAAUACUGACAGUAUUGGCAGCAUCCUUGACAAACCACAUUAUUCUGCAAGCUAGUACAGACCAUAUUUCAAGAUUUUCUGGUGUAACUGAAUAACCAUUUCAGGGAUGUCAGCCCUGAACUUGAUGUAGAAGACAUGUUUCUGUUUGUAGUAAAUUGCUUGUAGACAGCUAUUGCGGAUUCUUGGCUGUAUGCUGCAAAGGUAUUCUGAAUAUGUUUCCUUAUUUUAUGAAGUUAAUUGCAUUUUCGUCAGUAAUUCAAUGAAAGAAAAGAUGGGGUGAUAAAGGGAAAAGAUACAAAUUCCAUGUGAUAGAAGCCUCUGUGUUUCAGGGAGUGACUGGUAUGUAGUCAGUGAGGUACCUCAAGCUACUGAAAUAUUUUGGUGUCCAUUCUCUUUUGUUAAUUGAUUAAUACUGUUUUGAUAGAAAUGAAUGUAUUUUAGGAGAUGCAAGAAUGAAAUGUCACUUUAGAUAAUGCUUCAUUGCAACUGUCAAUUUUUUUUCUCUGGAAAAAAACUGUACCAAAUUCUUUUGUCCCAACAUGGAAAACAACUUGAAGGAAUAAAUUCUUGCUUUGGAAAAAUGUAGAGCUGGAGACUUUAUCCUGAUAAGGCAAACAAAUGUUUUUCUUGCAACACUUCCAACUAUUUCAAAAAAUGUUUUCUAGACUAUUGCAAUCCUUACACUUUUGUUGUUCAUAGGUACUCGUAAUUCAUAAAAGUUCCUCUUGAAAGUGUACCAUUUGUCCAUAGAUAAGGCAAAAGAUGAUACCUCCUUCAACAUCUAAUGCUGUUGCAAAAUACUCAACUGUAAUAAUUUUACAGCUCUAAAAGAAAAUAUGUUCACACUUCGACAAUUCAAACACACUUAAGGAAGAGAGGAUUAAAUGGUUUUGGUUUUAUGAAGUUUUGAGAUAUGAAUGACAUCUCAGUCCAUUCUCUGUAAUAUAAUAUCAGACUUUCCAGUGUCUCUCUAAAUGUGUGCCAUGACGGUGCUGUCACAGCAUCCUCUUGAAUCUUUUAGUAUGUAUAACUAGUGCUUGUUUCUUCUAGCCUGUUUGUAGAGGUUUAAGCCAUGUGCAUUACUUCAUAGGCUUUGGUAUUAAUAUUCAGGUGAUGGCUUGUGUGAUUUACCAUCCACUCUUAGCAGCUGCUAAGAAUACUUCAGGGUCCUAAAGUCAACUGUGUCCUAGGUUUGUUUUAGAAAAGAAAGCCAUGCACAAGCCAAGACUCCCAGAUUAACACUGCCUGAAUGAUAAACCAUGAACAGUGUGAACAGAUCUGCUGCCUACUGUAUGUAAAGGGUUAAUUUAGAAAGAAAAUACACUCAUCACCCAUAUAACAAGUUGAGUUGUACAACGGGCUCCAGAGACGCUUUCUCUGCGUCUACCUAUUUUAUUCUGUUCUUGUGUUAGUAAGGUUCACUUCUGAACUGUGUUAGAAGUUCUGAAUAGAUGCAUACAUUUGCCUUUCAGAAGCUGAGAAAAAAGUGGGUAAAAUGAGCAUAGACACAGAAAGAACAGGCUGUGUUGGCUCUGAAGACCGACAUGGUGUUCUUUUUGAGUAUUAAGUGCUAGUGAUCAUCUCUAGCAUUAAACUAUAUGGACAAAAACCAAGCCACAUGGGAGGUGGCAGAGGGAACUGGAAUUGUUUAGCCUAGAGCAAAGGCUGGUUGGGAGACCUUACCACUGUCCACAACUACCUGAAAGGAGGUUGUAGUGAGGUGGGUGUUGGUCUCUUCUCCCAAGUAACAACUGAUAGAACGAGAGGAAAUAGCCUCAAGUUGCACCAGGGGAGGUUCAGAUUAGAUAGCAGGAAAAAUUUCUUCACCAAAAGGGUUAUCAGGCAUUGGAACAGGCUGCCCAGGGAAGCAGUUGAGUCCCCAUUCCUGGAGGUGUUUAAAAGACGGGUAGAUGAAGCGCUCAGGGAUAUGGUUUAGUAGUGGACAGGU